AUGAUCGACACCUUCAUCUAUUGGAAUUUUCGGGGGAGCAAGGGAAAUGCAAACAUUUUAAGAAUCUCCCUCCCGUGCAGUUACAACACGAUAAAGAAGAAGAUCCUCGAGGCAACCAACUUGAACCUACAAAACAGCUUGGAUGUUCUGCUUUACCACAACAACAGAGUGCUGAGUGAAUAUGAAAGCAUACAAAAUGAGAUGCUCGUGGAAAUCCAGCGGAGCAAUAUAGAUGUGGUUAAGGAGCUGCUACAGAAAAGUAAUCAUGCCUAUUUGGAAAGGAACAAAAGUGUGCAGGACAACAGGAGGGGAACUACGCCCUUCUCCGAUGGAAGACAAAGUGAAGUGCAUGAUAAUAAGGGAAGAAGCACUCCCACGGUUGGAAGCGCAUACGAUAGUGGUGGAAUAGGCGGAAGCCACCGAGGCGCAGGGACGCACGAGGGUAAACCAAGUAGCCCCGAGUUAAACAGAGCGCCCAAGAUGAGCCGAACCGCAAACUACCCAUACAGCAGUAAACAGCCAUGGAAUGUCUACAACAGAAAUGCUGUAAGUACGAAAGAGAAUAAUGAGGAUGAUGAAGACAUGAAGAUCCAAGAAGUGAUGGAAAAAAAUAACCCUUACAAUCAACGCCCAGAUUUUUCCAAAUCUAGAAUGUUAAAUUAUUAUAAAAGGGACAAAAACAGUGUUUCCCAGUUUUAUAUGAACAAUAAAUUUAAAAAAGUACCAUCCCCUUCCUCAGCUUCCGCUUCUUCCAUUUCGAAGAAUUUAAAUGCAUACAAUUCAGUGUCUUCCGCUCCCAGAGGAGGAGAACAGCACUUCCAAAAUGGAGUGGUAGGUACAUAUAGUAAGUACUACAAAAUGAGGGGCGCCCCACAGAAUAGUGGCUAUGGCAGUGCAAUGAGUCAUAGUACUUAUACAAACUCGAGAGGUCAACAGAAGGAAAAAAAUGGUUACAGCAAUAUGAGCAACCAAGAUACAAGUACAAAGUAUGUUUCUCCAGAUUACAUCUGCCAUAUGUGCGGGAAAAAAGGGCAUAGCAUUAAGAAUUGCCCCAUGAGUUCUUUUAACAAUAACAAAAAGAUAAAAGUACCCACAGGAAUUCCCACGAACUUCUUAACUAAAAUUAAAGCAGAAGACAUUAAUAAGUAUGAUCAGAUUUAUAUUCUUAAAGAUGGAAGCUAUGGAGUGAUGAAAGACGUUGAAGAUGUCAGUGGGAGUGCAUACCUAUAUCGCAGUGUUGAUGAUAAGAUUAAUAUUUACCUUGGCGUGAAUAGCAAUGAUAAUAGGAAUGUUGACAUGGAUGGUGAUCGUGGUGGAGAUGGCAGGGGGAAUCCAAGUGCUAACCCUAACGGGAACCUUAGCAGUAGUACCCAUCAUACCGGGACUAGCAGUUACCCUAACGAGGAGGAAGACAAAAUCUCCAAUCUGUACAAAUGCCUCCUGUGCAAAAAAUUGUACAUUUCCCCAACAACUCUACCUUGCUGUGGGGAAACAUAUUGCAAAAGCUGCCUGUACAGGUAUAACAGAAAAAGGAAAAAUGAUUACUCCUCUUCCCAGAUGUCCUCAUUGGGGUACCAACAGAAUGGAGAUGGUAGAUCCCAAAUGAUGAAGUGUCCAAACUGUCAGAAGCUUAUAAAUUCAGAUACCUUAAUCAUUAACACUAACAUAAAAAAUGUAAUUGAUACAAUUAUUAGGAAUCAAAAGGAUAGCAAUACGAAUAAGGAUGAGGAACAUGCCGGUGGGGGAAAGUGUAAUAAAGGAGAAGGCGAUAGCCAUGGAUACUACCCAACCAAUGGUGGUGCCUCGGUGGGUGUAGACAAACAGAACAAAUGGCCAGCCGUCACACCAAGUGGGGGAGUGGCAUUACCCAUCAGUGCGGGAGCCUCGAACGGGGCAGCCACUACUAUGUCGAACGUAGGUAUGUCCCACAUCUCAAGCGAUAAGAACACAAGGUCGUAUAACAGAGCAACAAAUGGAGUUACCAACAAUAGUGAGUCCUCAUCCUCUGUUUGUGCCUCUAAUGGAGCGUCAUAUCAGAGGCAACCAUUCCCCAGUGGGAACUUCCCAGCGGGCAGUGACCUUCCCAGUAACAACAGCAGAACAACGGAGGAGCAGAAUUCAGUUAACAGUAGCAGCCUCUGUAACGAGAAUGAAGAUGAAUUUCAGGACAAGAGUUUUAACCCGCUUAUAAAUUUACCUAUCAAUCUGCAGGAGAUAAAACGCCAACACGAUUUUGCUGGAGCGUAUAUAGCCAAAUAUAGAAUGAGGCGAAAACCAAAACGGAAAAAAAAUGUCGAUCUCGGAAUGCUGCUCAUGAGUAAGAGGCGGGUGUAUUAG